AUGGAUACAUAAAGUUUAUCUUAUAGUUGUAUAAAUUAAUUAUCAAAGUAAAAUUAAAAUAAAAAAAAACCAAAAAUAACAUAUACAAAAAGGUUGGUUACGCAAUCUUUUUUUAGAGAAAUUUAAUUAAUAGGUUUUAAUAAUGUCCCUCAAGUAAAAUAAAUUACAAAAUUAUCUUUAAUAUAAAACAAAAAAUAGAAUGAACCAUUAAUAAUAUGUAGUAAUCAUAAUAAUUAAUUCAUGGACGGACUAUUAUUAGUUAGUUAGUUAAAUAGACAUAUUAAAUUUAUUGUAGCUGAUAAGUCCAUGUAAAGGCCCAUAAUAGGACAUUUUGCACGUGCAUUAGGGGGAAUUCCAGUAAAAAGAGCCGAAGAUUUAACAAUAAAAGGAAAGGGGAAAAUAUCAUAUAUAGGGGAAGGGAAAAUAAUAGUUAAAAAAUAUAAUAGAUAUAUAAAUAUAUAUAAAAAUAUAAAUACAUAUACAAAAAUAAAUACAUAUAUAUAUAUAUAUAUAUAUAGAAAUAUAAAUACAUAUCUAUAUUUUUAGGGCUUAGACACUUACUUUAUAUAAUAAAUUGAAAUUGGUAGUACAAUUGUUAUAAAGGAUAUUAAAUUAAACGUAAAAUAAAUUAUUUCUGAAAAAGAAUUGGUUAUUUCGGAUUAAUAUUUUGCUGAUUUUUUCUAAAAUUAAGAUUAUAAAAUCAUCCCAAAAAUGGACUAUUCUCAAGUUUAUGAAAAGGUUUGGGAAGCUUUACAUUAAAAAAAAUGUAUUGGAAUUUUUCCAGAAGGAGGUAGUCAUGAUAGGACAGAUCUAUUACCAUUAAAAGCAGGGGUUUGUAUUAUGGCUUUAGGUGCAAUGGCAAAAUAUAAUAUGAAAGUUAAAAUAUUACCAUGUGGUAUAAAUUAUUUUAGAGGACAUAGAUUUAGAUCUAAAGUUAUAAUUGAAUUUGGAUAAGUUUAUAAUAUUCCUGUAGAAUUAGUAGAAAUGUACUAAAAAAACAAAAAAAAUGCAAUUUCCAAACUAUUAAAGGAAAUAUAAACUAGACUUAGAGAAACUACUAUAUAAAUGCCUUCAUAUAAAGAAUUAAAUGCUAUAUAUAUUGCACGAAAUAUAUAUUUACAUGACGCGAAAAAUAUAAGUCCAAAAGAAAAACUUCGACUAAAUAGAACAUUUGCUUAAGCUUACACUUGUAGAAUAGAAUCUUAGCAAGCAAAAAAUAUACUAGAGAAAAUAAUUAAAUAUGACUCUAUGCUAAAAAGUUUAGGAACUUCUGAUUAUUAAGUGAAAACAUUUUCAUAGAAAUUUAAAGUUGAUUUCGCGUCUUUCUUUAUUUCAUUUAUAAAAACUUUACUUUCUUUAGGAUUUUCUUUACCGGCUCUUAUAUUAAAUAGUCCUAUUGCGUUAUUAAUGAGAUAUUUAUCUGAAAAAGAAAGAAUAAAAGUAUUAAAAUAAAUAUGUAUAUUAAAAGUUUUAGGAAAAGACGUAGUUGCUUCAUAUAAAGUAUUAUCUGCUUUUGUAAUUUUACCAAUGUCUAAUUUAUUGUAUACAUUUGUUUUUAAUUAUAUUAUAAGACAUAAAUGCAAAUUAAUAAAAAAUAAAAAAAUGUUAAAUAUUAUACUAUUUUAUUUUUCAUGCUAUAUCCUUUUUAUGCUUUUA